AUGUCCGCCCCCGAAGUCUUCCAGCUCUCCCUCGGCCCCCUCACCGGCGUCGCCUUUGGCCCGGACCGCACCCAGCUUGCUGUCUCGCCCAACAACAACGCGGCCCAGAUCUACAGCCGUGGGGCACAGGAGUGGGAUCUCCAGACCACGCUCACAGAGCACGACAAGCUCAUCACUGCCAUCUCGUGGGCGCCGAACACCAACCGCAUUGUCACUUGCUCGCAGGACCGUAACGCGUACGUCUGGACGCAGCUGCCCACUGGCGAGUGGAAGCCUGCCCUUGUCCUCCUCCGCAUCAACCGCGCGGCCACUUGCGUCAAGUGGAGCCCCAACGAGGACAAGUUUGCUGUCGGCAGUGGUGCCCGUGCCAUUGCUGUUUGUUCGUUUGACGAGGAAAACAACUGGUGGGUGUCCAAGCACAUCAAGAAGCCGCUUCGCUCGACUGUGCUCUCGAUCGACUGGCACCCCAACAACGUCCUCCUCGCGGCUGGUACCACGGAUGCCAAGGCGUUUGUCUUCUCGGCCUUUAUCAAGGGCAUUGACGCCAAGCCCGAGCCCACUGUCUGGGGUGACCGUCUCCCCUUCAACACCAUCUGUGGCGAGUUCAAGGCUCCCAACGGCGGCUGGGUGCACGACGUUGCGUUUACCCCCUCGGGCAACAUUCUCGGCUUUGUGAGCCACGACUCGGCCGUCAACCUCGUUUACCCCGCUGGGCCCGGCCUCCCUCCCCAGGCCCUCAUCACCGUCCGCACCCCGACUCUCCCUUACCUCUCGCUCUCGUUUACGAGCGAGGAGUCGCUCAUUGCCGCCGGCCACGACUGCCAGCCCACCGUCUUCGCGGUCGGCCAGAACGGCUGGGAGUUUAGCCACUCGCUCGACGACCCGGCGUCGUCGGGCUCGCGCGGCCUCACCCCGACUGCCACGGGCACGCGCUCCGUCUCGGGUCCCGGCCGUCUCAACAACGAGGCCUUCAACCUCUUCCGUCAGGCAGACACUCGCGGUCAGACCAAGCCUGCCCUUGCGGCCACCUCGGGUGCCGCCGCUGGCAUGACCCCCGUUGGCGCCGACGGUCUCCUCCUCACCGUCCACCAGAAUUCGAUCACCGACGUCGAGCCGUACGAGUGGAGCCAGACCGGCGAGGUCGCCAAGGUCUACACUGUGGGCAAGGACGGCCGCCUCGUCAUCUGGAACGUCACUGGCAAGCCUGCCGGCGGCCUCCCGGGCCGUAUGGCCGGUCUCCAGGUCUAA